GCAAGCAGUCGGCGUUGGUCAUGGCGUCCAGACGUCUGCUUGUGACUGCCCGGAGCUGGGCCGUCUGGCGGGCCCAGGAGCUCCCGAACCUCUGCCCACCCGGCAGGCCCCUCGUCCGGAAUUAUGCCAAGAAACCGGUCAUAAAAGGGGGCAAAAGUAGCAAGGGCAGUGUGGCCAGCGAGGCCCUGAAGGACCCAGACGUGUGCACAGACCCGGUCCGGCUCACCACGCACGCCAUGGGCGUCAACAUUUACAAAGAGGGUCAGGAUGUCCUCCUGAAACCGGAUGCUGAGUACCCUGAGUGGCUGUUCCACAUGAACGUGGGUCCCCCCAAGACGCUGGAGGAGCUGGACCCUGGGACCCGGGAGUACUGGCGGCUGCUGCGGAAACACAACAUCUGGCGCCACAACCGGCUGAGCAAGAACCAGAAGUUCUAGUGGGGGUGGGGCUGCACCCCACCCUGCCUGGGCUCCCACAGACGACGUGUUACGUUCCUGCCGGAAACAGACUUUUCCCUCGCGAACAGGCAACCCCCUCCUCCAGGUUCCUGCCUGCUACGCCCAGGCCAGGACCGUGGGGGGCCAAUAAAGACUUUGGGGUCCAUGUGGCCAGGGUCCA